CACGAGGCUACGCAGGUGUACAAUCUGGUGCGACACAGCGCAAGCCUGACUCUCUAGAGAGGCUCUCUAGGGUCAGGGUGCCUUUGUCUCCACGAAACUACCAAGCGCUGCCUUACGCGAAGAAGAAGAACAAAAAAAUGGCGGGCUCAAGGUGUCACGAAUUCGACUUGAGGAAACUGCAGUGCCCUGCCACCUGGGGCAGCGGCCACCAAGCGCUCGUCGGGGCCGAGGACUGCCUGGAGAAGCUGUGCAUCGCGGCCACGCCCUGGGCGGGUGUGGUGGAGCGCCUCAAGGUGGCGUGGAGCUUCUGGGAGAACUCGCGUCGCGCCGAGGCGACCGGCCUGCUCGUGGAGUGCUACAUGCGCCUGCUGCCCCAGCAGGAGUUGCAUCAGAACUGCGAUCUCAUCAAGGACUACAGGCGUGCGCUGCGGCUGGUGCUGGACUCGACGUGGGCGUCGAUGCGGGCCGCUGUCGUCUCCGACAAGACGGACGCGGACUACUUGAGGAGGUUCAUCGCGGCCGUGGAGCCUGCGAGCCAGCUGGACAACAAGCAGCUUUCCGCCGUGUACGCGCUGCGGGGCCGCCUCACCACAAUACGCGAGGAGUCGAAGUGGUUCCGGAAAGCGAUCGCUCUGAAUCCCGAGGAGGGCGAGUGGCGCCAUCUGCUCGGCUGGGUCAUCCAGGAAGGCCGGAAGUGCCGAGGGACGCCGUCCAGUGAGGAAAUGAAAUUGCUUCGAGAUGCGUACCGUCUGCGGAAGCACCCGGACACAGUGCUGCGACUCGCGAGGUCCCUCACUGACUGUGGCCCGAAAUCAUUUCCGGAGGCCAGGACCCUGGUUGCUGAAGCGUUGCAGCUGUACCCAGACCAUCCACGUGUCCUCUCGAACGUCGCCAACAUCCUCAUCCGACUGGAGGGACUGACCUCCGCCGGGCUGCGCCAGAUACGCUCCCUCUACCAGCGAACUCAGGAUGUCGUGGGGGAGCGGGCCUUCAUCCAGAUGAAGCUCGCCACCGUGUGCUUGUCGACCGGAGAGAAGGCGCAAGCUCAAAAGCACUUCGACACUGCCAUGCGUCUCAACCCCAGCGCUUGUGCGCAGUUUGCUGUCACGUACGGACACCUCAUGAGCUGAGGACGGACUCGCGCCUCCGAGUGGCGAUUCCCUUCGCUUUGCCUAAUGAAAUCUUUGUAUUGAUUCUUGAAUCAUUGUCCUUGGAGUAAUAAAGUGAAGAAUGAUGUGGAAA